GCGAAUUGUUAGGGAAGGGUGAUGCUUCCAUCGGGAAAGAACGGUUAGAGGGAGUCGCGACGCAGAAGGCCGCGGGAGAAGCAGUACGUGAUCGUUGCAAAAUGGCCACGUCCGACUCCAAAGCGCCUUUGCGAACCGUGAAAAGGGUCCAAUUUGGUAUUCUUUCACCCGAUGAAAUACGUCGGAUGUCAGUCACAGAUGGCGGCAUUCGCUUUCCAGAAACUAUGGAAGGCGGUCGCCCAAAGCUUGGUGGACUUAUGGACCCAAGACAAGGUGUCAUAGAUAGAAACUCCAGAUGUCAAACAUGUGCAGGAAAUAUGACAGAGUGUCCAGGACACUUUGGCCAUAUAGAUUUGGCCAAACCAGUUUUUCAUGUUGGUUUUAUAACAAAAACUAUAAAGAUUUUAAGAUGUGUUUGUUUUUAUUGCUCAAAACUUCUUGUUGGCCCACAUAAUCCAAAAAUUAAGGAAAUUGUAAUGAAAACUAAAGGUCAACCACGUAAACGCCUCACAUUUGUUUAUGAUUUAUGUAAGAGUAAAAAUAUUUGUGAAGGUGGUGAUGAAAUGGAUAUUAACAAAGAGAACCAAGAUCAACAAAAUACAGAUAGAAAACCAGGGCAUGGUGGUUGUGGUAGAUAUCAACCAAAUCUUCAGAGAUCAGGUUUAGAUGUUACAGCAGAAUGGAAACAUGUAAAUGAAGAUUCCCAAGAAAAGAAGAUAGCACUGACUGCAGAAAGAGCAUGGGAAAUUUUGAAGCAUAUUACAGAUGAAGAAUCAUUCAUCCUUGGUAUGGAUCCAAAAUUUGCAAGACCAGAUUGGAUGGUGGUCACAGUUUUACCUGUCCCACCUUUGUCAGUUAGACCAGCAGUUAUUAUGUAUGGUUCAGCCAAAAAUCAAGAUGACUUAACACAUAAACUAGCAGACAUCAUUAAAGCAAAUAAUGAAUUAAUCAGAAACGAACAAGCUGGAGCUGCAGCACAUGUAAUAUCAGAAAACAUAAAAAUGUUACAGUUUCAUGUAGCUACUCUAGUUGACAAUGAUAUGCCUGGCAUGCCAAGGGCAAUGCAGAAAUCAGGUAAACCUUUAAAAGCUAUAAAAGCAAGACUGAAAGGAAAAGAAGGAAGAAUAAGAGGAAACUUGAUGGGUAAACGUGUCGACUUUUCUGCUCGUACUGUCAUUACACCAGAUCCCAAUUUACGAAUUGAUCAAGUAGGUGUGCCUAGAAGUAUUGCCCAGAAUUUAACAUUUCCUGAAAUUGUGACCCCCUUUAACAUUGAUAAAAUGCAAGAACUCGUCAGACGUGGGAAUUCACAGUAUCCAGGAGCCAAGUAUAUUGUGAGAGAUAAUGGAGAAAGAAUCGAUUUGAGAUUCCAUCCAAAACCAUCCGAUCUGCAUUUACAGUGUGGUUACAGAGUAGAACGUCACAUUCGAGAUGGUGAUUUAGUAAUCUUCAAUCGUCAACCGACUCUGCAUAAAAUGAGUAUGAUGGGUCACAGAGUAAAAGUUUUACCAUGGAGUACAUUCCGUAUGAAUCUAAGUUGCACGUCACCUUAUAACGCUGAUUUUGACGGAGAUGAAAUGAAUUUACACGUACCGCAGUCGAUGGAAACUCGUGCAGAAGUAGAAAACAUUCACGUGACCCCACGUCAAAUUAUCACACCGCAGGCUAAUAAGCCAGUUAUGGGUAUUGUACAAGACACAUUAACUGCUGUAAGAAAAAUGACCAAAAGGGACGUUUUUAUCGAAAAAGAACAAAUGAUGAAUAUUCUCAUGUUCUUGCCCAGUUGGGAUGGAAAAAUGCCUCAACCAUGUAUAUUAAAACCAAAGCCUUUGUGGACUGGUAAACAAAUCUUUUCCUUAAUCAUACCAGGUAAUGUAAAUAUGAUAAGAACUCACAGUACACAUCCUGAUGAAGAGGAUGAUGGUCCGUACAAAUGGAUUUCUCCUGGUGAUACUAAAGUCAUGGUAGAACACGGAGAGCUUGUUAUGGGAAUACUUUGUAAGAAAACUCUGGGUACAUCUGCUGGAUCUCUGCUUCACAUUUGUAUGCUGGAGUUGGGACACGAAGUCUGUGGUCGGUUUUAUGGAAACAUUCAGACAGUGAUCAACAACUGGUUACUACUGGAAGGUCACUCUAUUGGUAUUGGAGACACAAUUGCUGAUCCUCAAACAUAUUUAGAAAUCCAGAAAGCAAUUAAGAAAGCUAAAGAAGACGUGAUAGAGGUUAUCCAGAAAGCUCACAAUAUGGAGCUGGAACCUACGCCUGGUAACACCUUGAGGCAAACAUUCGAAAAUCAAGUAAACAGAAUUUUGAACGACGCUCGUGACAAAACUGGUGGCUCUGCAAAGAAAUCUUUGACUGAAUACAAUAAUCUGAAGGCUAUGGUGGUAUCGGGAUCAAAAGGAUCCAACAUUAAUAUUUCUCAAGUUAUUGCUUGUGUAGGUCAGCAGAACGUUGAAGGUAAACGAAUUCCUUUUGGUUUCCGUAAAAGAACGUUGCCACAUUUCAUCAAGGAUGAUUACGGUCCUGAGUCUAGAGGAUUCGUCGAGAACUCGUAUCUUGCCGGUUUGACACCGUCUGAAUUUUAUUUCCACGCCAUGGGAGGUCGUGAAGGUCUUAUCGAUACUGCUGUAAAGACUGCAGAAACUGGAUACAUUCAGCGUCGUUUGAUAAAGGCUAUGGAGUCUGUAAUGGUACAUUACGAUGGCACUGUUAGGAACUCUGUAGGUCAACUUAUUCAGUUGCGUUAUGGUGAAGACGGUUUGUGCGGUGAAACUGUCGAGUUCCAAAAUCUACCUACUAUAAAAUUGAGCAAUAAAGCGUUUGAGAAGAAGUUUAAAUUUGACCCAACCAAUGAACGGUACCUUCGUCGUAUUUUCAAUGAAGAUAUUGUUAGAGAAAUGAUGGGAUCCGGUGAAGUAAUAUCUGAACUGGAAAGGGAAUGGGAGCAGUUGAAUAAGGAUCGUGCUAUACUUAGAGAAAUAUUCCCUAGUGGAGAAUCAAAAGUUGUAUUGCCUUGUAAUCUUCAAAGAAUGAUUUGGAAUGUGCAGAAAAUAUUCCAUAUCAACAAACGGGCACCUACGGAUCUUAGUCCUAUGAGAGUCAUUCAAGGCGUGAAAGAUCUUUUGGACAAAUGUAUUAUUGUGGCUGGCGAUGACAGACUUAGUAAACAGGCAAACGAAAACGCCACAUUAUUAUUCCAAUGUUUAGUAAGAUCUACUCUAUGCACAAAGUGUGUUUCUGAAGAGUUCCGAUUAUCCAGCGAAGCUUUUGAAUGGCUUAUCGGUGAAAUUGAAACUAGAUUCCAACAAGCACAGGUAUCGCCAGGUGAAAUGGUUGGUGCUUUAGCUGCACAGUCACUUGGUGAACCUGCAACCCAGAUGACAUUGAACACUUUCCACUUUGCUGGUGUAUCAUCAAAGAACGUAACUCUUGGUGUACCCAGGCUAAAAGAAAUUAUAAACAUUAGUAAGAAACCAAAAGCUCCAUCGUUAACAGUGUUCUUGACGGGAGCUGCAGCAAGAGAUGCUGAGAAAGCGAAGAAUGUACUUUGUCGAUUGGAACACACAACGUUAAGAAAAGUUACGGCAAACACUGCGAUUUAUUAUGAUCCAGAUCCACAAAAUACUGUGAUCGCAGAGGAUCAGGAAUUCGUUAAUGUCUACUAUGAAAUGCCUGACUUUGAUCCUACCAAAAUAUCGCCAUGGUUACUUCGUAUCGAAUUAGACAGAAAGAGAAUGACCGAUAAAAAGUUAACUAUGGAACAAAUUGCGGAAAAAAUUAACGCUGGCUUUGGAGACGAUCUAAAUUGUAUUUUUAAUGAUGACAACGCUGAGAAACUAGUCCUACGAAUUAGAAUAAUGAACAGCGAUGAUAACAAGUUCCAAGAUACCGAAGAAGAGACUGUAGAUAAAAUGGAAGAUGAUAUGUUCCUUCGGUGUAUAGAAGCAAAUAUGCUCAGUGACAUGACAUUACAGGGUAUCGAAGCAAUAGGAAAAGUUUAUAUGCACUUACCCCAAACUGACUCCAAGAAACGUAUCGUGAUCACAGAAACUGGUGAAUUUAAAGCAAUAGCUGAAUGGUUAUUGGAAACAGAUGGAACAAGUUUAAUGAAAGUAUUGAGCGAAAGGGACGUUGAUCCUGUCAGGACAUUCAGUAACGAUAUCUGUGAAAUUUUCCAAGUCCUUGGAAUAGAAGCUGUCAGGAAAUCCGUGGAAAAAGAAAUGAAUGCUGUUUUGCAGUUUUAUGGACUUUACGUAAAUUAUCGCCAUCUUGCUUUGCUUUGUGAUGUCAUGACAGCUAAAGGUCACUUGAUGGCUAUAACCCGUCACGGUAUUAAUAGACAAGACACCGGUGCACUUAUGAGAUGUUCCUUUGAAGAAACAGUGGAUGUCUUAUUGGAUGCAGCCUCUCACGCAGAGGUGGAUCCAAUGAGAGGAGUAUCUGAAAACAUUAUUAUGGGACAACUUCCAAGGAUAGGAACAGGAUGUUUCGAUUUACUACUGGAUGCUGAAAAGUGUAAAGCUGGUAUUGAAAUACCGAUGGCAGUAGGGGCUGGCGUAAUGGGAACUGCUGGAAUGUUCUUUGGCAGUGUCGCAACUCCAAGCAUGAGUCCGCAAAUGACUCCCUGGAUGGGUGCUACUCCAGGUUACGGAGCUUCAAGCAUGUCUCCAGCAUUAGGAAGUGGUAUGACGCCAGGAGGUGCAUGUUUCUCGCCAUCUGGAGCGUCGGAUGCUUCAGGACUUUCACCUGCAUAUUCUGCAUAUUCACCGCAACCUGGAAGUCCUGGCAGUCCUGGACCCAGUAUGAGUCCAUACCCAAUGUCACCAGCAGGAGGUGCUUCCCCGAGUUAUUCACCUACAUCACCUGCAUAUUUGCCAACUUCACCGAGCAUCACACCGUCAAGUCCUAAUUACUCGCCUACCAGUCCAACUUACUCACCCACCAGUCCAAACUACUCGCCGACGAGUCCAAGUUAUUCUCCAACGAGUCCAAGCUACUCACCAACGAGUCCCAGCUAUUCACCAACGAGUCCGAGCUACUCGCCAACGAGUCCAAGCUACUCGCCGACGAGUCCCAGUUACUCACCAACGAGUCCAAGUUACUCGCCAACAAGUCCCAGCUACUCACCAACGAGUCCCAGUUACUCGCCAACGAGUCCAAGUUAUUCUCCAACGAGUCCAAGCUAUUCACCGACGAGUCCAAGUUAUUCUCCAACGAGUCCAAGCUACUCUCCGACGAGUCCAAGCUAUUCACCAACGAGUCCGAGUUAUUCACCGACAAGUCCAAGCUAUUCGCCAAGUUCGCCGAAUUAUACGCCAGCUUCACCGUCUUACUCUCCAACGAGUCCAAGUUACUCGCCAAGUUCUCCACAAUAUUCGCCUGCUAGUCCAAGCUACUCACCGAGCAGCCCGAAAUAUUCUCCGACGAGUCCCAGCUAUUCUCCGACGUCACCAUCCUUCGCUGGAACCUCGCCGCAGUAUACACCAGCUAGUCCAACUUACUCGCCAACGAGUCCAACGUACUCGCCGACGAGUCCUUCGUAUUCUCCCAGUUCACCGCAACAUACAGCAUCAGGAAGUACGAGGUAUUCGCCGAGUAGUCCGAACUACUCGCCAACUAGCCCAACAUAUUCACCCACGAGUCCUCAGUACUCGCCAUCGAGCACUAAAUACUCGCCUACCAGCCCGACAUACACGCCAACCAGUCCGAGUUAUUCACCGACGAGUCCAACAUACUCGCCACCGGUGCCGGGAUACUCUCCAACGAGUCCCACAUAUUCCCCGGCAUCUCCAGCCUACGAGACAGACGAUUAAGAAGUAUUACGCAUACGUGUACGAAUGUUUACUAUUAAAUACUUAUUAUGAACAUUGGCGUAACUGGAUAUUCUGUCUGGGAUGGGCCUGGACCCUUAGUUUUACCAAUGUCAUUAUGUACAGCCCAAGACAUGACCAAAUGACUUAUGUAAAUUUAAGGAUUUAAGAAUUUGGAGAUUUGGGAGUUUAAAUAUUUAGAAAGUUGGAAAUUUUGAGGUUCAGUAAUUUGAAAAUUUCCAGAUCUCUGAUUUGAAUAUCCUACGCUCUACUAUUCCUCACGCUGUGUGAGAAGGAUCAGGCCCAGCCCAAGACCUACCCUGUUAUGCCAAUGAGCUAGGUAUAAGUGCGAUAAGUUGUAAUUAUCACUACUACACAAUCUUCGAUUUUAUAAGUUCGUAAAUAUAUAUUUAGUGUAUAAAUUUAUGCACGAUUUUUAUAAAAAUUCUUACGUCAUUACCUAUUGAUCAUAGAUCAAAAAAUAUUUGUUUUUACUAUUAUUGAAAAGAUGGUGAUUGAAUGAAUGGGCAAUUGCGACGAUCUUUGUGAGAUGUUAUUAAUGAUCUCUUUGAGAAGUACAUUUUUCUUUUAAGUGGUAAUUAACGAAUUCGUUUGGAGUAUGAAUGAGAUGGAAAUAUUUUCUUUAAUGUAAAAAACGCAGGUUAGAAAUGUAUCAUUUAUAAUCAAAUCUUGUUCAAUAGAUAUCAGUGAUGGGCAACUAUGUCCACAAGGGCGUGGUAUAUAGACAUGUAAGUGCUGAUGUAAGUCUAUCUAUACAAGGUUUAGAAUUUUACACAGUUAAAAAUGCUUCAGUGUAAAAAUUAAGAAAUGAGAUGAGAUGUCCAUAGAUCUCUACAUGUACUUGAAACUGUAUAAAAAGAAACUUGCUUAGUCUACAAUAUAGUGACAGCAUAUGACAACCUGCAGUCUCUGUCAUCAGAUUAUCAG